GGAAAAGCAGCUCGCUCUCCCUCCCCCCUCCUCUGUCCUGGCGGCGCCCCUCUUCGACGGCGGCGCAACCUCCACCUCCGACGCCGGCCGACUCCCCGCGUCCCCCGCAGCGUCGCGGCUUCACCGCCGGCCGGACCCGAAAUUCUGAUGCGAGUUCGCAGGCUUGCCCUGUUCUUUCUUGGGCUGUCCUCUCCAUAAUAAGCUGAUUAAGGAAGCCCGGUCCAUGAGGUGCGAUUUCUGUGUGGAUCUAUCCUUGCUCGAAUGGCGAGGUCAGUGUAAGGAGGAGGAGGGGGUUUGCAUCCCUCGUCUAUGCGCCGCGUGGUGCUGGGGUGUCUGCGUCGAGCCCUUUUGAACAGACAUCGGCCGCUGGAUCCACGCCUCUCCUCUCUGGCCUGUUGCGCCAAGAGCUUGGACAACGAGGAGGAGCCCAGCCAGCGCUCCGUGGGCAACGAGGAUAGGCACGAGCGUUUUCAUCCCGUGAUCGCACGAGCAGUCCGGACAUCGAGCUGGGAUGAUGCCAGGAAAAUCAGCUUCAGGGAUUGUGUCAGGCUGUAUGGGCUACCCCGGUCGAUCAGGCUGUUUGCGUUGCUUAUGCAGUCGUUCUUGCCAUGGAGGAUUAGAGAUGUCCGGUGCCUGAUUCAGAGCGUCGUCGACCACUGCGGGAAUGCCGGGCCGGAGUUGUUUCAGUUGGCGCCUAUGUUGGCUAGCAAUUUGGGUGGCUCGAUGACGUUGCUGCAGGUUUAUGCCACAGUCAUCCGGGUUUUUGUUGAGCUGUCGAUGUUUGAGGAUGCCCUACUCACUUACGUCGAGGCCAAGAAGGUUGGAGUUGAGCUGCAGGUGUGCAACUUCAUGCUCAAGCACUUGGUUGAGGGGAACCAGAUCAUGUAUGCAAGGAGUUUGUUUCAAGAUAUGAAGAGUUCUGGUCCUUCACCAAAUGUCUACUCUUAUUCAGUUUUGAUGAGUAUGUAUACGCAUGGAGCUAAGUUAUGCCUGGAGGAAGCUUUGGAGCUUCUUUCUGAAAUGGAAGUGGAAGGUGUCAGGCCAAAUGCUGCAACCUAUGGUACUUACCUCUAUGGGCUUUGCCGUGCCAAACAGGUGAAAUCUGCAUGGAACUUCCUUCAAAUGCUGUGUCAGAGAGGCUACCCUUGCAACAGCUAUUGUUUUAAUGCAGUUAUUCAUGGUUUCUGCCAUGACGGUCAGGUUCACAAGGCCAUAGAAGUGUUUGAUGGGAUGAAGAAGUGUGGGUUUGUCCCAGAUGUUCACAGCUACAGCAUAUUAGUUGAUGGCUUAUGCAAACAAGGGGAUGUUUUGACAGGCUAUUACAUGCUCGUUGAGAUGGCAAGGAAUGGGAUCAGUCCUAAUCUGGUGAGUUAUAGUUCGCUUUUGCAUGGUCUUUGCAGAGCUGGAAGGGUUGAGUUGGCGUUUGAGCUUUUUAAGAGGCUGAAAGAUCAAGGAUUCAAGCAUGACCACAUAGUUUACAGCAUCGUUCUUCAUGGUUGUUGUCAACAUCUAGAUCUAGAGAUUUGCUAUGACCUUUGGAAUGACAUGGUUCAUCAUAAUUUUGUUCCAGAUGCUUACAAUUACGGCAGUUUGAUAUACGCAUACUGCAGGCAUAGGCAACUGAAAGAAGCAUUGGAGGUGUUUGAGCUCAUGAUCAGUGAUGGGAUAUGCCCCAACGUUGUGACCUGCACAAUUCUUGUUCACGGCUUCAGCAACGAAGGGCUGAUUGGUGAGGCCUUCCUGUUCCUGGAUAAAGUAGGCCAGUUUGGGGUUGUCCCCAACCUCUGUACAUACAGAGUUAUCAUCAACGGCCUGUGCAAGGUCAAUAAACCUAAUGACGUGUGGGGUAUUUUCGCAGACAUGAUAAAAAGGGGCUACGUUCCUGAUACUGUGCUUUACAGCAUUAUCAUCGAUGGUUUUGUCAAAGCUUUGGAUCUGCAGGAGGCUUUCAGGCUGUAUUAUAAAAUGGUCGAUGAGGGGACAAAGCCCAAUAUCUUCACAUAUACCAGCCUCAUAAAUGGUUUGUGCCAUGAUGAUAAGCUUCCUGAGGUUAUGACGCUGUUUAAGCAUAUGAUUGGGGAGGGGCUGACACCGGACAGAAUCCUGUACACGUCUCUGAUCGCGUGCUAUUGCAAGCGCUCAAACAUGAAGGCCGCUCUGGAGAUCUUUAGAGAGAUGGAAACAGAGGGUUUGUCAGCAGAUUCUUUCGUCUACACCUGUUUAAUUGGUGGCUUCAGUAAGGUGCUUGCGAUGGAUGGCGCACAGUUGUUUAUGGAAGAAAUGAUAAACAAGGGGCUUACACCUACUGUAGUAACGUAUACAGAUCUCAUAGUUGGAUACUUCAAAACUGGGGAUGAGAAAAAAGCUAUGGAGAUGUACAACAGCAUGCUGCAGGCAGGCAUUGCACCGGAUGCCAAGCUGAGCUGUAUAUUGGGCCUUGGUAAUGAUGGGGAUGAUUUUGGAGAUUCUCAGGAAGAAAAGGAUGUAUCGUAGUCAUAGGUUAUCACAGAGCUACGGUAACUUGCUCAACAGAAUUGUUAUUCCAUAAGGUGAUGAGCUCAUGGUAUUGUUGCAUCAAGUAUUAGUUCCAUCUGCUCCCUUUGCUUCCGCCACUGCCGUCAUCUGAACAAGGGAGGGAAAGAAACAGGUCAAAGUUUUCACUUUGAUGAUGUCAUCCUAUUCAAUACCUGCAUGGUGUGAUAAAUAAUUACAGGCAACAAGUUAAUGAUUGAUUUUGACAAUUUUCUGUUCAAGGCUCGGUGUUCUGCUGGAAAAACCAAAGCUAUUUUUUGUACUGUUGGAAGAUACUCCUCAAGUUAGAUGAAGAGGUCCGUUUAUUGUGCUGGUCAUUCUUUUAUGAACUUCAUAUAAAUUAUAAUGAUUGUUUAGAGGGUGCAAAAAAAGCUUCUGUCGUGCGAAACAAGCUUUUUAGCUCAGCAGACUUUCAGUCAUGUAGCUCUUUAACUGCAGAUACUGAAUGUGAAAAUGCCGGGACAGAUAACUGAAGCUUCAGAUACCACUCUUCUGUUGAAAUGCUUCAGCCUGUGGAUGGAUUCAUUACUGCAAGUAACCAGGAGAGAAGGUGCGUUAGCUGGGACUAUCCAUGUCGGGUCGCUCAUGAGGAGAAGAGGGAGGGAGGAGCAUCGAGGAAGCUUCGUCCUGCUCCCACACCAACACAUACAAACAUUUUUCCUCCAAACCCAUGCAACCUGCUCGUGGUGGUUGGCACUUGCCACGCUCAUGGCUGCUCAGCUACAACCUGCCCGUCUUCAGCCUUGAUGGUGUCAUUCUAGCAGAUGCCUUGCCACCGUUGCCUAGCACCCUCAAGGACCAGGAAAGCAGCCAGGUGGAGACAGGGGCAUCCUCCUUUUUAACCGCAACUUCUGCCUCCUGUACUUUAAUCUUUAGGCACUGCUGUCGACGCUGCUCCUUCUCUUCACGUAUGGACAAAUGGUGAUAUUGUUCGCAUAACAACAAAUUGGUACUCAACUAGACAAGCCCGAGGUCGAACCAAGCUAGCAAUAAUCAGUGGCCAUUUUUUCGAAUAAGCAAAUUAUCUGAGUCUCUUUAUCGUUUCUUUAUUGAUGUACUCGGAUUUCAUCGUUCAUGGAGACUAUGGGUAGGUCUAGCGUUCUUCAAAUGCCCAGUGCCUUUCCCUGGCGGGCAUUACUCUUUCAUUCAAUCGGCAUUGUAUAAAAAUAGCACAUGGCCUGUUAACUGCUCAUGCAAUUUUGCUUGUGGUUUCAGGUCGGAAUGUUUGCUUUAUAACGAAAUGUGUUUUG